UCCUCCACUUUCUUUAAUUUCUCUGUUUCCAUGGAGUUGGGUUUGAGGCUUGGAGAUCAACAACAAACCCACAGCCACAACCCUAAGCUUCUUCACCUCGCUCUUCUUCCUCCUACUCCUACUCCAGACGGCGGCGGUGGGGAAUCUCCGAGAAACCCAUAUCUGUGCUCCUCCUUGGAGCUGGGAUUGUAUGAAGUGGAAGAGCAUCAGGGAAAUAGCGACAGAGGUUGCUCUAGAGGCAGCGAUGAAGAUGAUCAAAUUUUGGGUUCCAGAAAGAAACUGCGGCUUUCCAGAGAACAGUCGGCGUUCCUUGAAGACAGCUUCAAAGAUCAUCAUACACUUUACCCUCAGAAGCAAAAGGUAGAACUUGCAAGAAGGCUAAAUCUUCGUCCACGCCAAGUAGAAGUGUGGUUUCAAAACAGACGAGCAAGAACCAAGCUGAAGCAAACCGAAGUUGACUGUGAGUACUUGAAAAACUGUUGCCAAACACUAACCCAACAAAACAGGAAGCUUCGAAAGGAGCUUCAAGAUUUAAGAGCUUUGAAAACCACUGAUUCUCUCUUCAUGCAUUCCCCCGCCACCACUCUCACCAUGUGUGCGUCUUGUGAACGCGCCGCCGUUCUUCACCCGCUGAACUCCAAGGCUUCUGGGUUUUCGUUUACUACAAAUGGGUCCUCUCCACAAUAAUUAGGGUUUCCUUUUGAUCAUCAGCUUCACAACCUUUUUUUGUUCACUAUUUCUAUGUGAAUUUUCAAGAUUUAUAUAUAUUUUUUAUUGCUAU